GCUCUAGCACACCACCCACGCAUCCUCACUAACGUCCUCCUCUCCUUUCUUCACUCCUUCCGAUAAACGCCCCAAUCCCACGCAUGCAUCUCUAGACCGCCGAGAGUCACCAAAUUUCCUCCAGGAUGGGCGGCAUCACCACUUCAAUCGGCGCUCUGGUGCCCUCGGUCAAGUCCGAGCUGCAGGAAGAGGCCUCGACGGCUCCGCCGUCUACUUCCACGGUGCCGGAGGAGGAUCGGGGGGUGGUCGAUGCGGAGAAAGAUGUUCUCUGCCCGAUAUGCAUGCAAAUCAUCAAGGACGCCUUCCUCACGGCUUGCGGCCACAGUUUUUGCUAUAUGUGCAUCGUGACGCAUCUGCAGAAUAAGAAUGACUGCCCCUGUUGCUCUCACUUCCUCACCAAGACUCAUCUCUAUCCUAAUUUUCUCCUCAAUAAGUUACUUGCAAAGACUUCUGCACGUCAAAUAGCUAAAACUUCCACGCCACUUGAACAACUUCGCCAGGCUCUGGAACAGGGAUGCGAAGCAUCAGUUAAGGAGCUUGAGAGCCUCCUGCAUGUUAUUGUUGAGAAGAAAAAGAAAAUGGAGCAAGAAGAAGCUGAGACAAAUAUGCAGAUUUUGCUUGACUUUUUGGUUUUUUUGAAAAAGAAAAAACUUGAUGAGCUCAAUGAGAUACAAUCUGACCUCCAGUACAUAAAACAAGAUAUUCACGCUGUGGAGAAGCGUCGGAUAGAGUUGUGUCAUAGAAGAGAUAGAUACGCUCCGAAAAUGAGAAUGCUAUCUAAUGAUCCGCAUUCAAAGUCUCUAUGGCCUUCAUUGAUGGACAAACAUAGAGAUACCACCGCUGUCUCUAGGGCUACCACUGCAUCAGACCAGGUCCGCUUGAGUUCUAGUGUUUCCAAAAGCCAGAAAGUUGAUUUAAGAUCUUCUGCAAGCCCUUUAACCCCAUGGAAGGAUGCUUCUGGUGCGUCAGAUAACCAAAAUCUCAGUCCAUCUGGACUGGCUCUGGCAAGAAAGAGGCGGGUUCAUGCACAGUUUAAUGAGCUACAAGAUUGUUACUUGCAAAAACGAAGAUACUGGUCAAAACUACAUUCAAUGCAGCAAGAACGAGAUUCACCUGGUGUAACCAGAGAAGGUUACACAGAAGGACUCGAGGAUUUUCAGUCUGUUCUGUCGACCUUCACAAGAUACAGUCGGUUGCAGGUUGUUGCUGAACUAAGACAAGGCGAUUUGUUUCACUCAGCUAACAUUGUGUCCAGCAUAGAAUUUGACCGAGAUGAUGAAUUGUUUGCUACUGCUGGAGUAUCACGACGUAUCAAAGUUUUUGAAUUUUCAUCGGUAGUUAACGAACUUGCUGAUGUUCAAUGCCCAGUUGCGGAAAUGAUGACGCGAUCGAAACUAAGCUGUUUAAGCUGGAACAAGUACACUAAAAGUCACAUAGCCAGCAGUGACUACGAAGGCAUAGUAACCGUUUGGGAUGUGACCACUCGACAGAGUGUGAUGGAAUAUGAGGAACAUGAAAAACGUGCUUGGAGUGUUGAUUUUUCACCAACAGAACCUUCAAUGCUAGUCUCGGGGAGUGAUGAUUGCAAGGUCAAAGUUUGGUGUACAAAGCAGGAGGCAAGUGCUCUCAACAUUGAUAUGAAAGCUAACAUAUGCUCCGUUAAAUAUAACCCUGGAUCUAGUGUUCACAUAGCGGUUGGGUCUGCAGAUCACAAUAUUUAUUACUAUGACUUGAGAAAUAUAAGCCAGCCAUUACAUACAUUAGGUGGUCACAGAAAGGCUGUAUCAUAUGUGAAAUUUUUGUCCAACAAUGAGCUUGGCUCAGCAUCUACAGACAAUACGUUGCGCCUGUGGGAUGUCAAAGAAAAUGUACCUCUACGCAUAUUUAGGGGUCAUGCAAAUGAGAAGAACUUUGUGGGCCUCUCGGUUAACAGUGAGUACCUAGCCUGUGGCAGCGAAACUAAUGAAGUAUAUGCGUAUCACAAGGCUAUAUCGAGACCAGCAGCGUGGCAUAGAUUUGUCAACUCUGGUGGUGAUGAAGCGGAAGAAGAGCCCGUGUCGUACUUCAUUAGUGCUGUGUGUUGGAAAAGUGAUAGCCCAACAAUGUUAACAGCAAACAGUCAAGGAACAAUUAAGGUUCUUGUUCUUGCUCCCUGAUUCAGGAAAACUAUAACGUUAGGUGAUUAAACUCUACAUGCUAUUAUAUCUCUUUAUAUGAUUCCAACCCAUGGAAUGGCCAUUCGUUGCGUUUCACCCAGAUUUUACAGAUAUGAUUGGAAUUUACCACCUCAAGUUUACGUGGUUGUUUUAUUUCGAUAUCUAUCCUUUUCGAUA